AUGAAAGAAGAAUCGAAAGUUGCAGCACACUACUCACAUCGUUCGGUCUUUGCUGUACAAAUUAACCGAAUAGAGACAAAACGAGUGCCAAUAUGCUUGAAAGGCCGUGACGUGGAGAGCCGAAAAGUCGACUGCAGUUCAUUGACUGGUAACGCAAAUGACAUUCGUUCGGUUGCCUUCACUCGCGACCGAUGUACCGCCUCUCGCUCCCGAGAUGAGACGACUCGCAUCUGGGACACAUCAGUUGGGAAUGUCGACCGUGGCAUUUCAUUUUGCCACACGAGUAAGAUUCUUUCUGUCGCUUAUUCACCGGACGGUAGCCGUAUCGUCUCGAGCUCCAAGGACGGAACGAUUGGACUUUGGGAUGUUAUGACCUGCAAAUUGGCUCGUGCUCCCUUUGUUGGGCAUAAGGAUGCCGUCAACUCUGUCGUAUUUUCACGUGAUGGGCUCCGUAUCGUCUCCGGGUCUAGCGACAAGACAGUCAUACUUUGGGACGCUACGCUCGGGAAAAUCGACGUAGGACCAUUGACAGAACACACAGGUGGUGUCUACUCCGUCGAUGUUUCACCUGAUGGUACCUGUGUGGUGUCGGGUUCUGAAGACAGGACCAUUGCUAUCUGGGACGUCGCAAGUGGCGAAAUACGUUCCCGGUUUAGAGAAGUGCAUCAGCAUUGGAUUGAUGCUGUUAGAUUCUCACCAGACGGCAGGCUCAUCGCAUCGGCGUCGCGGGACAAUGUCACUAUUCUGUGGAACGCUGAAACAGGGGAUGUUGUUUCUGGUCCUUUCAAGACUGACAAAGUUGAGUAUUUGUAUGAUGCACCUUUGUCCUUUUCCCGUAACGGGACGUGUCUUGCAUCACGAAGUGGGGACGAUGGCAUCAUAGUGCGGGACGUGGGCAACGGGCGCAUCAUGUAUGGACCUUUGGCAGGAAGCAGUGGACAGAUUUCCUCCAUUGCCUUCUCGCCUGACGGGCGAUACAUUGCGUCAGGUACAAGUGGGGGUGAAGUUAUGAUUUGGGAUGUGAGUACCGGGACGAGCACACCUCAGUCUUACGAAGGCCAUACUGGAGGAGUUGCAUGUGUUGCCUUUUCUCCCGAUGGAUUACACGUCGUUUCCUGUUCGGACGACAAAACGAUCAGAACUUGGAAU